AUCACCACCUCACACACGUCUACUAUACCACGACCAACCCAACUUCCGAGUCUUCUAACCAUUACCCGAUAAUCUCAACGUGUACGAAGCUCCAACACCUCCACACUUAUUCUGCGAACAUGUGUCUUGCCUAAAUCUUUCUUUUAACAACUUCUACAAUGGUCAAAUUCUACGAAACCUCCUACAGCUACGACUACUCUUUCUCUGCCGUCGCCCUGGCGUACUUUCUUCGCUACCCUAAUCCUUAUUCUACACAUGUCGUCUCCACUGAUGUAAUCGAUCGAUCUUACGACCCGGCCUCGCAACAACUCACUACCACGCGCCUCCACCUCAAGAAAUCCCGCGUGCCCGCCGCUGUUCUCGCCCUUCUGCCUCGUCGAGCCGUUGGAGCAAGCGAAAAAGGUGACAGUCAAUCCUUCAUCCUCGAGACUUCCACUGUGGACAUCAAGAAUGGGUGGAUGAAGACUGAGAGUCGGAAUUUGGAGUGGACGGGGGUGCUCAGCGUGAUUGAGAAACAGAUGUACCGGCGACCGAUUGAAGUAACGAAUAUCACGUUCAGCAACUGCGAGAAUGCGGCGGCGGCACACGGGAUCAUUGGGCCGAACAGUCGUGAGGCAGACCUCAAGACCUACGAGAAGACGGAUGUGACGACGACUGUAGUAUUACAGAGCCGGGUGAACCUUUUGAAGUGGCGGUCAAACAGCAGCGGGACGAUGAACGGAGAUGAAAAGCAAGGGUUUUUCAGUCGAUGGAGUAUGGGACCUGUGCAGCGCAGUAUUGAAAGCAUCGGCUUUAAGAGAGCGCAGAGGAGCCAGCCAAACGCGAAAGAGGGGAUGAAGGUUGUGCUGGAGCGAUUGAGACAGGGAGGGUUAGUGGCUGUGUUGGAUGGGAUGAGGAGGGAUCGCGAGGAGGCGAAUCAGGGUGUCUUCAAAAGACGGUAUGGUGAGGGAGAUGAUACGAAGGCAACGGAGGUUGAUGAGUAGCUAUGCUCUUGGAACGGUUUCACUGUUCAUUUUUUGUACAAAGUUCUUUUAUUAUUUAGCGUGGCGUCUAGGUUGUACUGUUUGGAAAAGCAUCAAACAAACGCCAAAUGCCGCUGGGUGGGCGGACCGAGAGCUUGUAUUUGUUGGCACGGUAUUGGUCGAUGGACUGUAUAACAUGGAUAUCGGGCACCCAACGCUCUCGAUAACUUCAAACGGAACCACUUCUCUCUCCAUCUCGGCCAAGAGUAUUCAAAUGUAUACAUGUCACAUGCAUCGAAACAUGUUCAAUUUCAUAUCCAUUCAAAACAUUCGGAUGUUCCGCCGGUCUGAAGCACGUUCGAUCUCGUU